GCGAGGCGGAGAAAGGAAGUCUUAUCUAUCUCCUUGGUUGUAUACUUAGCUGAUUUCGGGAAAGCAUAUUUCUUCUCAUUCUUGCGCGGGCAGCAUAUUUCAGAAGAUGUCCAUGUCACUGUGCUUCACUCCUCUUUCUUCACUUAAGCCUCCAACUAAACCUGGGCUCAUUGUUAGCCAUCCCUCACCUAGAAAGGUUGUUUGGCUCAAUGAUACGACUUCGAGAUCCGAAAACGCUAGAAUUCGUUCGUUUGAAUUGAAGGCUGCUGAAAAUGAACCUACCACCAAAAAGAAAAGGAGCAUUGUCUGCGAAAAUUGUGAGGGAAAUGGUGCAGUAGCAUGCUCUCAGUGUAAUGGCAAUGGAGUCAAUUCGGUCGAUCACUUCAAUGGGCAGUUCAAAGCUGGUCAAUUAUGCUGGUUGUGCAGAGGCAAAAAGGAGAUGUUGUGUGGGGACUGCAAUGGAGCUGGAUUUCUUGGUGGCUUCAUGAGCACUUUCGAUGAAUAGGAAAGUUCAUUAGGUGGUUCGGUUUGAACAUUUUCUCCUCCCAUAUUUUUGGUUUUGGAGUUCCAACAACAUUGGAAUAUGUAUCGUGUUAAUUUAGUGAAGAAAAUGGAGGAAAGAUGUAUGGAUUUCAAUUAUAUUCAUCAAUCUUACAUUUCUUUUUGAGGGCUU